UAUGCCGAUUAUGACACCAUCAACACCGCCCGCAACAGGUUGUGAUGGUGAUCGCCACCAGUGGGAGUUCUCAAUGCAAAUCUCUCAGCCUAGUAACAAUGACAGAAAUAGAAUGCUGGUUCAGGGGCGAAGCCGCUCAAUGGGAGAAGGCUGAAGCCGAAAUAGCCGAGAUCCUGGAGUCCUACACAGUCAAGUUAUGACGUUGGGUUGCAAAGGUUAUCAUUGCUUUCUCUACAGCUAAAUGAGAGCGAAUUCACGAAAAUAUAAGUGGUGAUCCCCCGUACUCUCCUUCAACGUUGACAGUUAUUAUGCUACCAUCGUGCAACGUAUACAUCUAAUUCGCCGGCCAUGGCGCGCUCUUCUUACUUUAUAAACUGGCUUUUGAGUACAUGGAUUGCUCUUCUCUUUUCGUUAUCCCUGUCCGCUCCCUUAGAAUCCAACGAGAAGUCGGUCGUCGUCAAGCGAAAUGAUGCGAUAUAUGACAUAUGGAACAGCAUUCCAAAUACACAAAAGGCACAGGGCGAUUCUGCACUGGAAUUCAACAUAGAUCAGACUCAGGACAAUGCCUGGGGCGUCACUUAUCUCUAUGGCUGCACAGCUCUAAUGAUUUCCGAUCCCAACUUCGUCAUUGUCGCUCACAUGCAGCAAGAGACUGGCACAGGAACAAUCUGUAUCAAUGAUCAAGCAGCCCUACAGAAAUAUCUCACCAAUACCCUUCAGCCGGCGCUGGAUUUGCAUGACCCCACCGCCAAUACUCAAGUUGACUUGAUAUACAAUUCUAACGAUUGCAAGUGGACCGGCACGGGUGUCCAAAGCAUCAAGAGCUACCUUAUGGAUGAUGUCAAUUUUGGCGCGGCUGAGAAUAUCAUAUUCCCUCGACCUUAUACAGGCAGUAGCGGUACGGGUACGCCGAAUCCAAAUUCCCCACGGGGACUAGCUGUCGUCCAGUGGCAGAAACCGCAGCUUGUAGGCCUAACCGUGGGUACACUCCAGGUGUACUUCAACAACGAUACCCCACUUAGAGAUCAAGUAUUCAUGACUAUGUGAUCAGAUGUUGGCAGAAUGAUGGGGUUUCUGACAGAGAAGGCUUAGGGGGUGCGAACGGAACUCGAUUGGAACUGCGGUUUGAGGAACAAGAGCGAAGGUUCGGGACCUAAACCGUCAUUAAACGGAAGCAUGGUAUUCAUUAAAUGCAUCAACAACAAUAAAAACCCUUGAACACUGAGCAGUGGCUGAUUCAAGUACUCUAUAAAUCUCGUCUAAGGACAACCGGGUCCGUUAAAGGCUCAAAUAUACUUAGAGAUCUUUUGGACCACGUGGUAAACAAAGCAGAUGCUGAGCUACAUAGUUGUUGGGGUAGAUUAGAUGGCUAAUCUGUUAUUAGAGAUAGGACUGAUCAAGGAUCCCUGGUGUAACAACCUUGCAAUGUUUUUUUGGGUCCUUUUUCUUAGUAUAUUAAGAUAAAUGGGCCAUUUAUCUAAGUCAGUUACAUACUAAGUUACUAUAGAGGC